GCAUGUGGAGCUCCGGGGGCGCCGUGCUCCAGCUCCUCUGCCGGGCCGCCAAGUUCGCGGCUGCCCAGGGAGCCCGGCAGGACCUCAGCCGCUGGCUGGCCCGGGCUGGCGGAGGCGGGGAGCCGGCCGGCGGCGCUCAGCGAGACCUGGCUGGGCUCCUGCGCGGGCCGUACCCGGCGCCGAACGGGCUGCAGCACUCGGAGCUGCUGCUGUGCCAGCUGCCCGAGGCGGGUGGCGCGGGGCCCGGGCUGCCCGAGGCCAGGACGUGGCGCUGCUCGUGCUGCCUGUUGGGCACCUGCUGGUGCAAGAGCUGCCUGGGCGUGUGCGUCCUGGCCGCGCUGUGCUUCGCCUCGCUGGCCCUAGUGCGCCAGUACGUGCGGGACCUGCUGCUCUGGGCCGAGAGUCUGGACAGCGUGGCCGGGGUGCUGCUCUUCACCGUGGGCUUCAUCGUGGUCUCCUUCCCCUGCGGCUGGGGCUACAUCGUGCUGAACGUGGCCGCCGGCUACCUGUACGGCUUCGUGCUGGGCAUGGGGCUGAUGGUGCUCGGGGUCCUCAUCGGCACUUUCAUCGCCCACGUGGUCUGCAGGAAGCUGCUGGCCCGCUGGGUGCUAGCGAGGAUCCAGGGCAGCGAGAAGCUCAGCGCAGUUAUCCGCGUAGUAGAGGGAGGAAGCGGCCUCAAAGUGGUGGCCCUGGCCAGGCUCACCCCCAUCCCCUUCGGGCUCCAAAACGCGGUGUUCUCGAUUACAGAUCUGUCGUUACCCAACUAUCUGAUGGCUUCCUCAGUUGGACUGCUUCCUACUCAGCUCCUGAACUCCUACUUAGGCACCACCUUGCGAACUAUGGAAGAUGUCAUUGCAGAACAAAGUGUUAGUGGCUAUUUUAUAUUUACUUUACAGAUUGUUAUAAGCAUCGGUCUCAUGUUUUAUGUUGUUCACCGAGCUCAAGUGGAAUUGAAUGCAGCUAUCGUAGCAUGUGAAAUGGAAAUGAAAACUUCCUUUGCUCCAGGCAGCCAACCAAGCAUCACUUCUUCAACAACAUUCUGCAACAAGAGGACAAUAGCAUUUUCUGGGGGUGGGAUCAAUAUUGUGUGAUUUUAAAGUAUUAAAAAUGUAAGGUUUUGUAAUUGUAAGCUAUUGCCUAGAAAUGUCUAUGGACAACUAUAACCAGUGUAAAAACACAAAAGAAUCCAAAUGGUUACAGGUUGUACUGUGACACAGACCAACUCACCAGUUAUUAAAUUGCACAAGAAGGGUGGUAUUUAGCAAGGAACAAUAGAUAGUUAACCAACUUUGAAAUGUAGAUGCAAAUUACUGCACCUUUUGUCCUUUAUUAUGCCUGUUAUGAUCUGUAGCCUGCACUUUAGAUUUUGUUUUGUGUUUGCUCCAAGAAACUGAUAAAAAUGGCCUAGAGGUAAAUAUUUUUCUGCUUAACAUUAUUUAUAAGGUUGAAUAAUUAUAUACAGUAGAUCUUUAUUACUGAAAGAUGAGUGAGUAAAAAGUAUGCAGUUCAAUGUACAAUACUCUUGAAUGUGCUUUGCUGUGGAAAUAUUUCCAGAAAUGAUAGUGUAUUACUUUGCUAAUUAUGGGACCAUUUGGCUUUCCCUCCAUAUUUUAUUUUAAAAAAAGAGAACCCUAUAUAAAUUUUUGGUUGAAUGUAUUUUUGUAAAUCAUUGAAAUGUUGCAGAGCCACUUGUACUUAUUCACACAAGCUUAAAUCCUACAUUGUGGGACUGAAGUGCUCUUAAAUAACAUUUUAAGUUACACUGUGUAAUAUGCAAAGUAAAAGGGAAACUAUAGAGGACAGAAUGGGUUAUGGUGAAUAUAGCACUAUCUGAGGGAGAACUCAUGAGUUAUCUGCUCCAGUGACUUUACCACAUGGAUUGUAGCAAAAGGGCUGUUCCAUUGCAAUUCUAUUUAUAAAUGUUUUUUAAAAAAUUUAAAGGAUGGAUUUUUGUUUUCAUUGCAUGUGAUGCAUACAGUAAGAAUAGGGACCUAAAUCUCUCCCUGUCUCACACAUGUUGGGAUACUAGCGUAAGGGGUCUUAGACUAAGGUGGCCUUUAUUAUAUAGUGGUGAAAAUCCUUUAUUCCUUUUAAAAACACUUUAAAAAUCAAACUAAUUCCAGUCACUGUUUCCCCUCUCAUUACAUUCUAAAAUGAUUUAAACUAUUCUACCCUUAGGUAGAAAUGCAAACUAGAGGCUUUCCUUCAGAUAAAUUAAUAGAAAAGGACAGCAAUGUCUUUGAGACUCAGGAAUUCAGAAUCCAUUUUGAAAAGGACAAAAUUAUACUAGAAUUGAGAUACUGCUCCUGUUGUGUGAGCUGUGGAUUGUUCUUCAGUAUGUUAGUGCUUGUGUGUGUAGAUAUAUGUAUAAAAACACAAAGAUACUGUAUGUGUGAGUUACAUGCUGUAGAUAUACAUAUAAACUCUACUCAGCUGCCUCAAACAGGUGAAAAGUAACUGGCACAAAAAUAGCUUGAUUUAUUACCUUUUCUUUUGAGAAAUGACCUUUGUAGUUAGUUUUGUUUUAGCUAUAAAAAUCAUUUCUGGUCUUUUGAGAUUUUGUGUUAGAAUGUAAUUGCUUAUUACAGUGCUUCCUUUGUGUAAGGCUGUUGUUAGGAUGUGCAAGCAUAGGAUUUACCAGUGAUUAAAUAAAUCACUUCUUGUAGAGGACAAGGGCCUUUGAAGGUAUCUGGGAAGCAGAGAUUUGUUAACCUUUUAACAGUCUUAUAGUGAGGAUGUAUCAUAUUUAAAAAAAAUUGAUACCUACAGACUUCGCAGUAGUGCAAGUAUCCUUUGUAGACCCCUGUUCUUAGGUCUUGUGAUGUCAGGAGCUGAAUUAGCUAAAUGAAACAGUGAAGUUCGAAGUCUCUUUUUAAAGAGACUAUCGGUACAUGCCUUGAGGUGGGAGGCCAACAUGUGCAUACACACACAAAACAGCUGCAUUCCUUUUCUGUAUGAAAACCAUGAGAGAACUGGAUUACUUCUUGAUGGCAUUAUAAGUCAUCAAAUAAUGAUUGAUUCCUUUAGUAACAAAGUUUUUUCUUCCAAGAAUAAUCCCAGUAAAUGAAUGGAUCUGAACUUUACUCCAUGUGGGUUGAACCAACAAAGGUGUAUUUGUGUGUGAGGUGUCUUAUUUGUUUAACUAAUUUAAGCAGGCAUUCAUCAUUUAAUAACAUUUCCCAAAUACAUAUUUUGAAGUGCUUUUAUUUAAUAUUUUGUAACCAGAGUAGCUUCACUAUGUGAAUGCUUUUUGUAGUAUGGAAUUAGUUCUUAGAAUUAUUGCAUUUUGCUUGAUGCUUGUAAUACUUGUGUACAGGUUAAUGGGAAAUAUGCAUUAAAAAGAACUAUUUCUAUUUCAUGCCAAUCAUAAUUUUAUACAAUAAAUUCUUUAAACAAA